UGGAUAAGUUCCAGUCAGAGAAGAUGGCCAAUUCAGACUUUUCGGGCAAUCAUAAGGUACUACGCGACCAAGUACUGGGAGCGACGGCGGAGGAGAGAGCGGUGGUGGACCAAUGGCUGGAAGUGGAAGCGCACAACUUCAACGAAUUGGUCUACACCCUGGUGCUGCAGAUUGUGAUCAUGCCGAGAAUGGGGAAGAAGGGGGACUUGGCUUUGGUGCACAGCUGUGAGCAAAAGCUGGAGAAAGUCCUCGACGUGUACGAGCAGCGAUUGGCCAAGAGCGGCGGCUACCUCGCCGGAGACGCCUUCACGCUGGCCGAUCUUAGCCAUCUGCCGGGGAUAAGGUAUUUGGUGAAUGAAGCCAAAAUGGGACACCUUAUCACGGAGAGGAAGAACGUCAUUGCUUGGUGGGAGGCAAUCUCCAAUCGUCCCGCUUGGAAGAAAUUCAUGAAGAUUGCCCAAUUAAUUUUAGUGUUAAAAUAAUUAUAUGAUCUAUCGG